CUCUCUCUCCCUCGUCUCUUCACUUUCUCUCUUCUCUUUCUCGUCUCUCUCUCGUCUUCUGGUUAAAUUCUCUCUCGGAGGUGACCGUUUCUUCACUCCAAAAUCGAAGCGAGGAGAUUCACUGGUGCAUGUUUGGAUCCGAGUUUUAAGCUCGAGGAGGUCACAAUUCACUGCAAAGAGAAGGAAUCUUUAUUAGUGGAAAAAAUGUUCUUGGACGAUGAUAAACAUAUGAUUCCAAUGCGACGUGGAAUCAAGGAUGGUGGUCAGAUGAAAUAUCUGAGGUAUGGAAACUGAUGAGCACCAUAUCGAAAUUUUGGGAGAUGAUCUAUCUAUCUGGAGAAGACCCACCUUUGUGUAUAUUUUCGUAGAUAAUUAGGCUUUUUGGCUGAUACAGUUAAAAAAAAAAGGGGUGUGUUAGCGAUUGAUCUAAUGGCUAUUGCUGGCCUACAAAACAUUUUGGCGAUCGAUUCAUCUUUCCCCCGAGACUCUGAGGUUCGAGCAUCUAGACAAAGGGAAAAUGAAGGAAGGCCAAGCGUCCGGGCAUCCUCACUCCUACAAAUGUGGAGGGAGCUUGAGGAUGACCAUGUGACGGGUCAUGCUCCUCGGGAGAGAGAUAUUGAGAGAAGGAGUGGUUCUUCUACUUCUAAUGCUUUGAGGGGGAAUGGUUAUGACAAUAAUAUUAGCGCACAUGAUAUUGGUAUAGAUAGUGUAAAUUUGGGUGAGAAUGAACUUGGUGGAUGGUCACCUACCCCGAGUCAUGUUGGGUCGCAUAACUCGAGUGAGGAUCAGAACGAGCACUCUUCAGAUCUGGGGAUGGUUGAAAGGGAAAGAGUUAGACAAAUUUUUCGUGAGUGGAUGAGUUCUGGGAUAGGUGAACAUACAGCUUCUUCUGCUUCCCCCACUACUAACAGCUCAAGAGCAGAAUGGCUAGGUGAAACUGAACAGGAAAGGGUGAGGAUCAUAAGGGAGAUGGUUCAGAUGAAUAGCCAGCAGAGACCUGUUGUUGGUGAUCUCAGGGAAGAACAGCCUGUUGAAGUUGGUAACCAGAUUGAAAGAGUACUCGAUGGAAGGGUUGUUAAUGCGAACUGUAUACAGACUGAACAUGCUAGAAGAGGCAUACGCAAGUUAUGUGGUAGGCAGGUGUUGGUGGAUAUGUUAAAAAUGGCUGAGAGGGAAAGGCAAAGAGAGCUACAGGGUUUGAUGCAGCAUCAUGCUGUGUCCAACUUUGCUCAUCGCAACCGCAUUCAGGCAUUGCUGAGGGGGAGAUUCUUGCGAAAUGGUGUCAAGGAUGAUAAAGAGAAACCAACAUCAUCUGCAGCUACUGAGUUGGGCUUUCUAAGAGAAAGGCACACUGUAUCUGAGCUGAGGGAGGAAUUUAUAUCCAGACUGGACCGGUCUGCCUCUGGUCAAGCGAGCAGUAGUCACUCGGAUACCUCAUCAAAUGCUGAAACUGAUGAUAGUAGAGGUGAACAAAACGAUUUAAAUCGUCUAGAUAGCAUCAAUGAUGCAGACGUUGGUUCAGAUCAAAAUGGCAGAGAAGCUGACAACCAAAGUUCGCUGGAUGAGUUAACUAAUUCUAGAUGCUAUACUAAUCGGAUCACAAGUUUGGAAGAAAGGACCGCACGUGUAGAAGGCUGGCAGGGGCAACUUUCUGAGAAUAUCCAACGUGGAUGGCAACAAUCGGAAAAUGAUGAAUUUUCACAAAGAAGAAACGAUGCUGAAGCAGAUCAGAAUAGCCAUCAAAGGGAGGAUGCUACUGGGUGUUCAUCCUCUUCAAUUCGAGGAGACGAGAACAGACAAGGCAGUCGUUUACAAGAGACUCUCGAGAUAUCUUAUGAACAGUCUCUGCAAAGUCCCGAAGAAAUUGCGAACAUGAGACCGAUCAACAGGACAGCAAACUUCCAGGAGCAUCUGCCUGAGAGAAACAAUCUGUCUGUCUCCCUAGAGGAACAAACCGAGGAGGAGAUUCUCGAAAACGAAGAAUCCGAUUGGCAACUUAUAAAUGGUGGAACCAGUGAAUGGAGAGAUGACGCUGAAGAGGACGCAGAUACAGACAUUCCUGAGACUUUUCCAAAUCAGUUGUCCCAGAUAUCAUCUGUGGACGACGACGAAGAAGCCGCCCGUGGUCUCCUAGAACUAACAGAGAUGCAGCCUGAUGACUCUGAUCUUCAAAGCACACUACAAGACUGGUCGGAAGGACAUUCUGAUCAGGGCACGGUCUCAAUUGGAAGGGCUGCCACAUUCUUUCCUCCGGAUGAUGAUAAUGAGAACAUGGAACUCAGAGAACUCUCGAGCAGGAGACGUGUCUCAAAUCUUCUGCAAAGCGGGUUUCGGGAAAAUCUUGACCAAUUAAUACAAUCUUACAUGGACAGACGAAGCCGAAAUCCUGUCGAAUGGGAAGAACAUGAGUCAUUUCCUGACACUGCAUUACAAGGUGAACAUACAGAACAGCAGGAUGAUACUCAUAGUGGUGGUGGUCAUGAACUUGAUACUGUUGAAUCUCCUGCUUUGUCUCUACCUUCCCCAGUGAUUCCUGUUCAGCCAUUCUGGGACCAUGAUCGAUCCAGUUCAAACUGGCCGGCACAUGAUAUGCAUCAGCGCGUUGGAAUGGAUUGGGACUCGAUCAACGAUUUGAGGGUCGACAUGGGGAGAAUACAGCAGAGGAUGGAUAACUUGCAGAGGAUGCUUGAGGCUUGCAUGGAGAUGCAACUCGAGUUACAACGGUCCAUAAGACAAGAGGUCUCUGCCGCGAUGCACCGCUCUGGCGACUCAUCAGGACCAUCCAAGGACACUGAGAGCUACGAGUCAAAAUGGGAAUAUGUAAGGAAAGGAAUCUGCUGCAUAUGCUGCGAGAGCAACAUUGAUUCUUUAUUGUAUAGAUGUGGACAUAUGAACACCUGCGAGACGUGUGCGAAGAAGUUAGUGGAAGCUGGAGGAAAAUGUCCCAUGUGUCAAGCACCUGUUAUUGAGGUGGUUCAUGCUUACUCCAUUCUCUGAACUCUCUCAUUCUUUAACUCUCUCUCGGUACUUGCCCUUUUGCUCCAAGCUCUGCUUCACAGAUUGCUUAUUGGGAAGAAUCUGGGUUUUAACUAUUGUGAUUUUAUAUCAGUAGAUAUUACUCUGAUUCCGUCGGAAUUUUAUCCGUGGUGUAAGCAACACAAUAACACACUUUUUAACUAUUUUUAUACACAUGAAAUAUCAAAAAGAUUCAAUAGAAGAAAGUGGUGACAGUAUUU